AUGAAGUUGUCUCUGAUUCUUCUGUGGGCAGCAAGCGCUCUUACCUCCCCUCUCCGCCGGGGUGCUGCAAAGUUAUCUCCGGUCACGCGCAAUGGGACCAGUCUUUUGGUUGACGGAAAGGUCUGGAAAAUGGUUGGGCCAAACGUCUACUGGCUAGGUCUUGACGAAAAUGUGACACCGCCAGCUGGGGAGCCGUUUUAUGCUCCUACCAAAGCCAGCUACCCUACCAAAGAGCGUAUUACCGAGGUGAUGACAACUGUACAAGCUCUGGGAGGCACCAUGAUUCGCGGGCAUACCUUGGGUAUUAGCACUGGGAACCCCCUGAGUGUUGUGCCCGAGCCAGGAGUAGUCAACGAAAAAGCCUUCGACCCAAUCGACUGGGCUGUCUAUCAAGCAGGUGUAUACGGUAUCAGGCUACUGAUACCGUUAGUGGAUAAUUAUGACUAUUAUCACGGAGGAAAAUACAACUUCCUUCGUUGGGCUGGUUUCGACCUAAACCAACGACGGGAUGAGAAAAACCCUCUAGUUCAGCAAUUCUACACCAAUGCCACUAUCGUCUCUACCUUUAAAGACUAUAUUAAGACGAUCAUAACCCACAGAAACCAGUACAAUAACCUUACCUUUGCCGAAGAUCCCACAAUUUUCGCGUACGAGACGGGGAACGAACUCCUCGGUCCCGUAUGGGGUGAUAUGAAUUCACCAGCGGACUGGGUUCAGGACAUCGCCAAGUACGUUAAGAGCCUUGCUCCGCAGAAGCUAGUAGUCGACGGGACCUACGGCAUCAACAAAACCCACCUAACCAUCGAAGAAAUCGACAUCUUUUCCGACCACAUGUACCCUGUCGACACCGCCAAGCUGCAAGCAGAUAUCAAACUCGUUGAAGCUGCCGGGCGCCCGUUCUUCGCGGGUGAGUACGACUGGGUCGGCGGCAACACCGCGAACCUUCAGUCCAUGUUCAAGAUCAUCGAGGAGAGCCCUGCCGUUGCUGGUGAUACUUUCUGGAGCCAAUUUGGCCACAAUGCUCCCGACUGCAAAACCUACGUAGACCACAGCGACGGUCUCGCGCUUCAGUACGGCAACCCGAAGAACACGGCGAAUCAGAACAGCCGUAUUCAGCUUAUUCGAAAGCACUUCAUCGCUAUGAGCCAGGGCAAGGAGAUUGCGCCGGAUGAGGCUUUGCCCGAGGUGCCGUGUCCGGCGCCUAUAUCGCCAUCGUUUCGUUAG